CCUCAUUUCCUCUCCUCCUCCGUCUUUCCGUUGGUCUCCGUUCCUGACGCUGACCUGAAUCCGCCAUAGUCGUCCCUCCCGAUUCUGCCGCUAAGUCUCUCACAUAGGGCAGGCAGAGGUUUGACUUGACUCAGAAAAUGGAAGAACGAGCAACGACGUUGACCUCCAAUUCUGCCGCUAAGUCUCUGCAAAGGCAUUACUCUUACAGUAGAAAGCAGAAAUCCCUCGGCCUUCUCUGCACCAACUUCUUGAGCCUUUACGACCGAGAAGGCAUCGAAUCAAUCUGCCUGGAUGAUGCCACGUCAAAGCUAGGUGUUGAGAGGCGGCGCAUUUAUGACAUUGUCAAUGUGCUGGAGAGCAUCGGGAUGCUUGCUAGGACGGCAAAGAAUAAGUACGCCUGGAAGGGUUUCGGAGGAAUUCCGAGGGCCUUGGAGGAGCUAAUGGCGGAGGAAGGGCCAACGAAGGGGUCUCUCAAUGGGUCUGUUGACGGGAGUUGUGUGAAAGAAUUAGAAGAUGACGACGACGACGAAAGUUUAUCCAAUCCCAACACGGGAAGCCAAAAUGACAAGUCUGAUGCUUCCAUGCCCAGUGUUUCUGCAUCAUCUAGAGCUGAUAGUAGAAGAGAGAAAUCACUGGGGCUCCUAACCAAGAACUUUGUUAAGCUUUUUGUCUGCACUGACGUGAACAUGCACUCUCUUGAUGAAGCCGCGUCACUACUGCUGGGGGAUGGCCGCAAUUCUGCAAUAUUGAAAACAAAAGUUAGAAGGCUAUACGAUAUUGCUAACGUGUUAUCGUCCAUGAACCUUAUUGAGAAGACCCAUACUUCCGACACCAGAAAGCCUGCCUUCAGGUGGUUGGGGCCGAAACCAAAAUCUGAUGUCGGAACUGCUAGUGUUCUGGAGAUCAAGGACCCUAAGAAGAGAAUGUUUGGGACUGAUAUAACAAACACCAUUCAUGACGGAAGUAAGGGGAGUUCCUCAGUUAAGAGGGAUUCAAAUUGCAUGGCAAAGGUGCAAAAACUAUAUAAGCAGGAGAGUUUGGUCGGUGAGUCUAAUGGAAGCAAGUUGAAGGAAUCAAGACAGAUUCAACAUUACCAGUUUGGUCCCUUUGCGCCCGUUGAUGCAUCCAAGGGUGAUGCCCCUGAGAGUAGGAAAGUUAAGCAGCCACAAGAUUGGGAUAGUUUUGCAUCCAAGUUUCGUCCACAUUAUCAAAAUCAAGCCUUGAGAGACCUCUUCUCUCAUUACAUAGAAGCAUGGAACACUUGGUUCUAUGAGGUUGCGGAGAAGAAGCCGACGGGAAGUUGAGAAUGAUCUAGUAAAUGCUUGUACAACCGCAGUAUAUACUAGACAUACUACCGGUCCGACCUAAGCUUUCGAUGCACAAUCUCUAUGCAUCAAUAUUAUGCCUGUGUAGGUUAUUCAACAGAACUUUUUCUUUUUGCUGCAAAUUUGCAUGAGAAAGCCGAGUUAAGGCAGCAGAACAAAGUAUAAUUGUUUUCAUCAUAUUCGGCAUGGUGUUUAUAUCUUUUCUGUA